AUGCCCGCAAGAGGGACCUCCCCUGGGGCCUGGAAGCUGGGCCCGCAGGGUCCUGUCCCACCCCCCGCCCCCACCCGACGGGGCGACCCCUCGCGCGUCCCCGAAGGUGCAUCCAUCCGAGGCCCUGCAAGUGCCAGAACAAAGGGCUGCCUCUACCCGCGGAGUCAGACGUCAGGGCUCAGCUCGGCGGCGAAGACCCCAGAUCACUUCGCGAGCGGAAGUUCGCGGCUGGCCUGGGUGGGCACCGCGGCCCGGCCGGCUCGGCCCUGCCCACCGCGCUCUGAGGCCUGCGUGGCACGCGGUGCGCAGCCGUCGCCCUUGCGGAGGGACCUGCUGCCCUAUGCCGGCGAGUGGGUCCGCCGGCCGAGGAGAGCGAUCCAUUCUCUAUAA